UGAGGCCACCAGCGAAGCGCUGCGUCCCUGGCUUGGUUAACGUCCUUUCCUGGGCGGAUGUGCUCGGCGUGGGAGACGGUGGCAGCUGUGCUGGGGCUGCCAGUCACGGGCUCGCUCGUGGUAAUAAAAGCUGUGAGCGAGGAGACCGCCCAUCAGAGCCGGACUCUUCAUAUCCUAGACACAGGAGCCGUGUGAACGGGCCUGGGCCAGACACCUGCCCACCCCUCAAUUCCUUGUGCACCUGCAACACAGUCUCCACGCUAGAGUUCACUCCUAUGAGCCUUUAAUAGAUUGUUGAUAUUGUUGUUGGAAAAGAUGAGAAGGGCAGAAAGAUUCCAGAAUAUCUGAUCCAUUUUAAUGGUUGGAACAGAAGCUGGGAUAGAUGGGCAGCUGAAGAUCAUGUUCUUCGUGAUACAGACGAAAACCGCAGAUUACAACGUAAAUUGGCAAGAAAAGCUGUAGCUCGCAUGAGAAGAAAGGGAAGAAAGAAGAGACGUUGUCGGCUGCCUGGUGUUGACUCUGUGUUAAAAAGCCUUCCUGCUGAGGAAAACGAUGAGAGCAGUGAAAAUUCUAUAAGUAGUUCUUCUGAUGACAGUGAUGAAGGAACCGAUGAAGAAAUAAAAAGUGAAGAAAGUGACAUUGAAGAGAGGACAGACAUGAAAGAAGAACAAGAGAUUCACACUAAAAGGGAUAUGGAAGAAAGAGCAAUAAGCAUAGAAAUUCCUGAAGUUUUGAAAAAAAAGCUUGAAGAAGACUGUUAUUAUAUUAACAGGAGAAAACGGCUAGUGAAACUGCCUUGUCAGAGAAAUAUAAUAACUAUCUUGGAGUCGUAUGUGAAGAAUUUUGCUAUUAAUGCAGCGUUUUCAGCUAAUGAAAGAUCUCGGCACCAUCAAAUGACUUCACAUGUCAACAUGAACCUUCAUUAUAUCCCACCAGAAAAGAAGGGCUGGUGUGAGACACCCCCUGCUGAAGCAAAGUUAAACUUUGAGCUUUAUGAGUUGACACCUGGUCAAGUUAUAGAAGCACAAACUCCAAAAGUGCAGGUGUAUCACAAAAUGCCUUCAGAGGACACCAGUUACAGUGUUGAGUUAUGUAAAGAAAUGGUGGAUGGACUGAGGAUAACCUUUGACUUCAUUCUUCCAUUGAUCUUGCUCUAUCCCUAUGAGCAAGCACAGUUUAAGAAGGUGACUUCAUCCAAAUUCUUUCUUCCAAUCAAAGAAAAUGCAGCAAACACUAACAGAAAUCAGGAGGAGCUAUCCCCGAGUCCACCUCUGCUGAAUCCACCAACUCCUCAAUCCACAGACAGUCAGCCUACAACAGGUGAGCCAGCAACACCCAAGAGGCGAAAAGCUGAGCCUGAAAUACUACAGUCUCUGAGGCGUUCUACACGUCAUACAUCGAACUGUGACAGGUUGUCAGAAAGUAGUGCAUCUCCACAACCUAAACGACGGCAUCUCGAUACGCCUGCUUCAAUGCCAAAACUGUUUUUGCAUCUGGAAAAGAAAACGCCCGUCCAUAGUGGGUCAUCAUCACCUAUCACUCUGACUCCUAGCAAAGAAGGGAGUGCAGUAUUUGCUGGCUUUGAAGGUAGAAGAAAUAAUGAAUUCAAUGAGGUGUUGUCUUGGAAACUGAUGCCAGAGAACUAUCCCCAAAGCGAUCAACCACCUCCUCCCUCUUACAUCUAUGGAUCUCAGCAUUUGCUACGGAUGUUUGUUAAACUUCCAGAGAUACUGGGGAAGAUGUGCUUUCCUGACAAAAAUCUAAAAGCUUUGGUAAAGCAUUUUGAACUGUUCUUGAGGUUUCUAGCAGAAUACCAUGAUGACUUCUUCCCAGAGUCUGCUUAUGUAGCUGCAUGUGAGGCUUACUAUAGCACCAAGAAUCCUCGGGCAAUCUACUGAAGCUUUUAGUGAACAAUAAAUCUUGCUGUACAUAGCCCGUGGUUGUUGCUGCUUUGCCACAUAGCUACGAGAUGAAGAUGAACUGGAAUUUGUAUGGCCUUUUUCAGAUAGGAAAAAGGGAGUCGCUUCUAUGACUACUGGAUUCGUUAGCAGAGAUGGACCACUUCUUGUUUUAGAGCCAUGCAAAGAUUGCAUUCUGAAUUUUCUCCAAGUGUUGCAUGUAAGCUGCACUUCUAGAAGAAGCCCUGCACUGACUUCUAAUGCAUAGGACUGCAUAUAGUUCUUAUUAAGAAGUGUGUGUGGGGGGGAAGCAGGUGCAUUAGCAGUGGGACGCUUUCAUGAAAACAGAUACCUCAUGCUGUCUUUCAUUUUAACAUGAACUGUUUUCAGCAUGAAAAGUUAAACUGGCUUCACUCUCGUGUAAGGAGAAUGCAUCACUGGCAUCCUGUGGAUUUCGUUUCACACACAGAACGCACACUUCAUUUUGUGAAACGGUCAUGGCAGGAAAGAGUGCUGCAUGUAGAGGAAGAAUUGCAUAGCAAUUUUAUUGUCAUGGUCUCUGACUCAAGGAAGUAGUUUUCUGUGGCUUAAAUGAAAAAUGUUGCUUGCUUUUUCUUUUUAAAAGGCAUCUGUCUUUCCCAUAGUAGGUUGCCACAGUUACAAGUGCAGACCUCACCAGUGAUUCAUCUUAUCCAUGUCUGUGAAUGAUUCCUAAAGGCAUUAAAGAACAGGAUGUUCUAACAGGUUCUCAGAGUAAGCAUAGAGUGAAUAAAGUGACAGCAUUUACUUUGGCAAACUUUUUUCUUAAUAAAGAAACUGGUUGGUAAUUGAAGGUGUGAUAUUUGGGUGGAUGAUCUCAAAAAUGGGGUUUUGUUUGGACUUUCAUUGUAUAUUUUCACUAAAUAUUACUAUGUAGAGAAUGGGGAGUGGGAGUAGUGACUGUAAAAAUGGCACCUUUUUAUUGUUCAAUUUCUGUCCGAAAGCAGAGGCACAUCUCUUAGAUUUACACUGGCAAAUUUUACUCUCUUUAGCACUGUAAAACUCAUGCAGCUGUGUGAGAAUGAGCUGGAUUCUGUUAUCCCUCAUCCCUCUGACAAUACCUACUUGGCAGAAUUAACUGUUUAUCUUGGGUACUUCCAUUACUGUGAGUGCCUCGCAAUCAUUAAUGUAUUUAUCCUUACAACACUCCUGUGAGGUAGAGAAGUGCUGUUAUCCCCAUUUGCAGAUGGGGAAUCUGAAGCACAGAGAGGAAAGUGACUUGCCCAAAAACAUAAGAAACCUGAGCAGAAAAUUGAACCUAGGUCUCCCAAGUCCUGGGCUAGUGUCCCAAUCACUGGUCAGUCCUUAUUCCCUUGAAGCACUCCAAUUAUAGAACGAUUGCCUGUGAUUCUGGAGCCAAAAAGAACCCACUUGAGCUUGCAGGUCUUGGAGUUAGUAAAACCAUCUCUUUCUAUGUAAAUCACAAAUAUAUUCUGUAAGAAGUAACCCAGAUCUGAAGAAAGAGCUCGGUGUAAGCUUGAAAACUUCUUUAAUUGGCCCAACUUCUGUUAGGGUGAGAAAGAUAUUACCUCCCCCACCUCGUGUCUCUAAUAUCCUGGGAUGAACACAGCUACAACAGCACUGCAUUACCAGUUAAUGCUCUAAUAAAUUUGUUAGUCUCUAAGGUGCCACAAGUACUCCUGUUCUUUUUACCAGUUAAUGUCACUUGUCGAGUGGAAUGGCAUGUUCGAGCCUUGAACUGAAAAGGUAGAGAUGAAAUGACCUUGGUUUUAGUGAAUGAGACUCUGCAAAAGGAAAAGCUUCUACAGAGUCUUAACGUCAGGGUAGCUACACUCAUUUUGGAUCCAUACCAAAGUGAGAUUUGGAGACCCUUAUUUCUAAAGAUUCAUUUAGUGGUGCUAUUUUUUAAAUUGUAUUCCUGUAGUACCAAGUUUCCGAGGCUAUAGUCUCCAUUCCAAAACUGUAGAGCUUCUGAAUCUACAGUACAAGUUGAGUAGUUCACAAUCCUCUUUAAUAUGGGACACUCCUGACAUAAACUUGAUACAGCAGGUAAAAAAAAACAUUUGAAUAUUAAUGAAUGUCUAACAAGAUAUUAAACUUAGAAUAUCGCUGAAACUCCAUCCUUAAUCCUCUCCAUUGUGGCAGAGUGUUGCAGUGCAUAUGGUAGGUCAAAUCUUUUUCCCCUAUCAAUGCCUAAGAAUAAGAGGGCAGGUUGAGAGUAGAAUUUAAACCUUAUUGCAUGGUUAUGUUUUAACUGUAACAGUGACAUUUUGUGCAUGCCAUAAUUAUUUAUUAAUGUCUGUAUUCAGUUUGCUCAGUGAUUUGAGAAGCAGUUUAGGUAAUACCUGCAUGCAUUGUGCCUGGUUCAAACCAGUUGUAUGAACUCAUUUUCAUGAGUAACCAAUUUCCCCCCGUCUUUCUAUCUCUACACCAUUAGGUAUAAAAAUAGACUCUUGCAUCCUAUAAAUCUGCUGCAACAUG